GACUGACGGAGUGUUGUUGGCUCACUACCGCUCGUUUGUGGUUAAAUUAAGGUAGUUUACCCCCCAAACUGACGUGGCUCUUGCCGGCAGCUAUGAGAGGAGGCGACGUUUUCCAGGCUAGCCAGCGCAGCGGCAGACGGACACCAGCCGCCAUACACACCACUACCCCUGUUCUGUCCAGCGAAGAUUGUGUGCGAGGUCGUGCCGCAGGAGAGGCACGAGCGACGGGAUCAAGCACGAGGAGCCAGUGUGGGCGAGUUGUGGGCCCUUACGAGUGCGUGGGACUCCCUACAUGUGUUGCCGCCGUGCCAGUGGAGGAGACGGCCAUGAGAGGAGGGAGACACGACGUUGGAGACGUGUGAUCACCAAGACUGUGGUGCCUGCUGUGCUGCUAGUUCUGUGCUCUGUAAUAAACUGCAAUUGGGAGAACAGUGUUUCGAGUUACGCCCUGCUACAAGCUAUCUAGGCAUUAUGGCAGACCAGCCCUCCCUUGAUCUGAGACUGAUACCGGAGUACGACGGCUCAGGCGCGCAGUCUGUGGUGGAAUGGAUAGAAAAGCUCGAGCUCAUCUGUAAGCUGCGCAACGUCAGUGAUGUGGCCAGUGUUAUCCCUCUGCGUCUGUCGGGAGGUGCAUUCGCCGUAUACUUGCAGCUUGCAGAGGCGGACAGGAAGAAAGUUGAGAAGAUCAAGGCGGCGCUUGUGGGCGCUUUUGCCGUGGAUUCGUAUAUCGCAUACGAACAGUUCAUCUGCCGGAAACUACAAGCUGGUGAGAGUCCGGAUGUCUUUUUGGCGGAGUUACGCCGCCUGGCAUCACUGUUCGGAGGUAUGUCCGAGAAGGGACUCGCCUGUGCUUUCGUCGCUGGUCUUCCGGAAGGCAUCAGGCGACUACUGAGAGCGGGCUCGCGGAUGGAGACACUUGACCUGCCUCAAAUCCUGGCGCGGACGAGGGCAUUGGUCCGUGACAUCGGUGCCGGUGGUGUCCAUGAAGUAUGUCUCGGCGCCAGGGCUGGGAAUACGGACAUUGGCCCAGAUCAACGGUGUUUCGUCUGCAAUGGUGUGAACCACUUUGCCAGAGACUGCUUGGCUCUGGAUGAACAGGACUUCAGUGUUGCCUAUGAUACUGCAAGUAACACCUGGACGGCGGCGUGGAAGUGGUCGGGGGGAGACGAGCCCGGCGUCUUGCUGAACAAGGUGGAGGAGUACGCUGUGCCAAGUGAAAUAAGAUCGCGGUAUGAGGAGGAGGUGGAUAAGUGGAUAACAGACGGAUGGUUGGUGCCGCACGACGAGUACAAGCACGGUCCUGCAAAAGGACUGAUUCCUCUUAUGGCAGUUGUGCAGCACAACAAAGGAAAGGUGAGGCCUGUUCUUGACUAGGAGCUGAACACUCAUAUAGACACCUACACGGCAGAUUCUGAUGUCUGCGCCGACAGACUAAGAGAGUGGCGGAAGCAAGGUAAGAAUGUGUCCAUCAUAGAUCUUAAGCAUGCCUACUUACAAGUGCACAUUCACGAGUCGCUCUGGCCAUAUCAGACUGUUAUGUACAAAGGGCGAAAGUACUGCCUCACACGUCUAGGUUUUGGUCUGAACGUCGCCCCCUUAAUAAUGAAGACUGUCCUCAGCUCUGCGUUAUCACAAGACCCCGACGUGAAACGUGGGACCUCGGCCUACAUUGAUGACGUCUACGUUAACGAGGACAUCGUCACGGCUCGUCGGGUGGCGGAGCACCUUCAUCGCUACGGCCUAACCACCAAGGCUUAUGAGCGCGUUACAGAGGGCGCUCGAGUGCUGGGCCUGAGGGUCUGGGGGGAGAGUGGCAUGCUGCUCUGGGGACGUGAUGGCAAGGUGGGUGGUGUGCCUACCCGCCUGACGCGGCGAACAGCAUUUUCUUACUGCGGCAAGUUAACUGGCCAUUUUCCAGUGUGUGGGUGGCUGAGAGCGGCAGCGGCCUACGUGAAAAGAAGAGCUAACGCGGCUACGCACACCUGGGAUGACAUCAUCGUCGAUGCCGGCCUGCGAAGUAUCCUGGAGGAAAUAGCAGGGAAGUUACUGAAGGACGACCCUGUUCGAGGAAGAUGGGAUGUAGGAGGAACAGAGGCAAAAGUGUGGGUGGACGCUAGCUCCUUAGCUAUGGGAGCAGCAGUCGAGGUGGAAGGUAAGAUCGUCGAGGACGCCUGCUGGUUGCGUCCUGACGGCGCCAGCCAUAUCAACAUGGCUGAACUUGAUGCGGUCAUCAAAGGACUCAACCUUGCUCUGGCAUGGAAGAUGAGUAAGGUUGAAUUGGUGACUGAUUCCUCUACUGUCCACCGCUGGAUUAACGACUGCCUCACUGGACGAGCAACUAAAACAAAAGCUGCCAGCGAGAUGCUGAUUCGCCGACGACUCGAGAUCGUGAUGUCUCUGGUUAAGGAGUGCGGACUCGUCCUCACAGUUUCUCUGGUGCCCUCAAGCGAGAACAAGGCAGAUGUCCUCACCCGCGUGCCACAGCGAUGGUUAAGGACGUCCGCGGCCAACGUCAUGGAACCACCGCCAGUGUGUGCGGCAGCUGUCGAAACGUCCCUUGACCAAUUAGUGACGGACAUCCACCAUUCCCGUGGCCACCCUGGGGUAAGAAGAACGCUGUACUUUGUAAAACGAGUCAACGCGGCAGUGACGAAAGGACAGGUGCGUGCUGUUGUCGCUUCCUGCCAGAUAUGCCAGUCUAUAGACCCAGCGCCAGUGAAGUGGAGUAAAGGCAACCUGUCGGUGGAGGGAAUCUGGCAGCGGGUUGGGAUGGAUAUCACGCACUGUAGAGGAAGGUCAUAUCUCACGCUCAUCGACUGCGGGCCUUCUCGCUUCACCAUCUGGCGCCCGCUGAGGCUACAAACGAGCGAUAACAUCAUCGAGCAGUUGGAAGCAGUUUUCUGUGAGCGCGGGGCUCCGGACGAGAUUCUGACUGACAAUGACACCGCCUUCCGCAGCAAGUUGUUCGCUCAGUUUGCCUUGCGUUGGAACGUGAAUAUGCACUUCCGGGGAGCGUAUUCACCGUCUGGAAAUGGUGUCGUUGAGAGGUGUCACAGGACAGUGAAGGUCAUCGCGGCAAGAAAAGGAUGCUCCAUAGCAGAAGCGGUGUACCUCUACAACAUCACGCCCGGGGAUGACUGCUCGCCUACCUCUGCGCCUGCGAGCAUGUUGUACGGGUAUUCGGUGAGAGUGCGGGGAGAAGACGCGAGCAGAAGCAACCCUGCAGUAGAAAACAACCCUCACCAUGUAGGAGAAGAAGUUUGGGUAAAGCCUCCCGGCGUGCGCUGCGACGAGCAAUACAAAGAGGGCGUCGUGACUGGAGUGGUAUCGGAUCAAGUCGCCGAAGUUGAUGGUACACCUCGUCACGUUCGUGAUCUGCGACAUCGCGUUUCACCACCAAGACACCAGGACAGAGUAGUAGGCAACUCGGACAAUAACUGCGAGGAUCUGGUGGUUACGUUUCCUACUCCAGAAGAGCAGCGUGAGGAGGAGGACCCGGAGAGAAACGGUGAAGAUGUUGGGAGUGUGGUGCUGAGGCGUUCUGCUAGAAUCAAACAAUCUACCAGGUGUCUGCUGUGUGAUUGAGGGCUUGUGGAAGAUGGGUGACUGAGUGCCUGGGUGAUUUAGAUAUCAGGGGGGAGUGUGGACUGACGGAGUGUUGUUGGCUCACUACCGCUCGUUUGUGGUUAAAUUAAGGUAGUUUACCCCCCAAACUGACGUGGCUCUUGCCGGCAGCUAUGAGAGGAGGCGACGUUUUCCAGGCUAGCCAGCGCAGCGGCAGACGGACACCAGCCGCCAUACACACCACUACCCCUGUUCUGUCCAGCGAAGAUUGUGUGCGAGGUCGUGCCGCAGGAGAGGCACGAGCGACGGGAUCAAGCACGAGGAGCCAGUGUGGGCGAGUUGUGGGCCCUUACGAGUGCGUGGGACUCCCUACAUGUGUUGCCGCCGUGCCAGUGGAGGAGACGGCCAUGAGAGGAGGGAGACACGACGUUGGAGACGUGUGAUCACCAAGACUGUGGUGCCUGCUGUGCUGCUAGUUCUGUGCUCUGUAAUAAACUGCAAUUGGGAGAACAGUGUUUCGAGU